AUGGUGAAAGGUACAAAGAGGAAGGCUACGAUGGAGAGAAUCACGAAACGCGAAUCUGCGGCAACGACUUUCACGAAACGAAGCUUCGGUCUCCAUAGCAAAGUCGCACAGCUCUGUCUUCUCAACGGCGCACAGAUCGCAGUGUUGGCAACACCUCCUUCUGCCAACUCCAACGUAAGCUUCUUCUCCUUCGGUCACUCUUCGGUUGACUCCAUCGUUACCGCUUUUCUCAAGGGAGAGAGACCUGCUGUCCGAGAAGAAAUAGAUGAUCACGAGGAGGACCUUGGGAUUUGUCUGGCAAGAAAAGAGUUAGGGUUGCCUCAGUGGUGGGAGGACGAUUCUCUUCUCAAAUCUAAGAAUCCCCAAGAACUGUCCCAUGCCAUCACCUCAAUGUCUAGGUUGUUGUCAAAAAUCAAUGAGUUGCGUGCUCAAGACGCAGAGGCAGAGCCUCCUCUGAAGAAACAGAAGAAGAAGAAGAACGAGGAGACAAUGAAGAAAACAGAACCCACGGUGGAACAAACCCUAGUUCUCCCGUCCGGUUCCAGUGACAAAACCCUAGAUUACAACAACAAUAAUGUUAUGAGAGAUGAGGAGCUUGAUCAGAUCAUGUCUACUUGUGAUAGUUUUGGUCUCCCACACAACAACAACAAUGACUCCUUGGACGAGAUUGAUUUUGAUCAACUAAUUGAUCUUGACUUCGAUUUUGAUUUUCAGUCUAUGAAUUCUUCUGACAACAACGAGACCAUGAAGAUGACAGAGCCCUUGGAUCAACCCCUCCUUCUCCCAUACGAUAUUUGUGGCACUCCAGACAACAACACCUUUUCAACUGGAGAGAUGAACUUGAUUGAUAUCCGUCAACUCAGUGGCUUUGACUUGGACACCAGUUCAGUAUUCGUUGGUGAUUCGCUUUUGGACUCUACAAUGAACUGCGUAGCUUCUGCUGAUGGGUUUAUGGAGGCUAACAGUAUUCAAGAGACUAAUAGUUCUGCAUUGAAUUCUGUGGCUUGUGAUGAUGAUGAUGCCUCUGCUGCUUUGAAUGAAGAAGACACCAACUUCUCUGAUUUUCUCACUCAAUUUCUGCAGUCUUGAAG